CAUUUCCCGAUCCAGUAAUAUCUCUGUCACCUCACUGUUCCUCCAUCUCCGGCGAAACCAGGAAGCUUUAGUUCUCUGAUCACAUCACCGGAAAAAGGAAAGCCGCCGGAAAAUGGCUGCCAACGCUGGAAGACUGGAUCUAGACGGGAGGCCGAUAAAGCCGAUGACGAUUUGCAUGAUUGGAGCCGGUGGAUUCAUUGGCUCUCACCUCUGCGAGAAGCUCAUGUCGGAGACCCCGCACACUGUGCUUGCUCUAGACGUGUACAGCGACAAGAUCAAGCACCUGCUCGAGCCUGAUUCUCUCCCCUGGGCCGGUCGGAUCCAGUUCCAUCGCCUCAAUAUCAAGCACGAUUCUCGCCUGGAGGGUCUCAUCAAGAUGGCGGAUCUGACUAUUAAUCUUGCGGCAAUAUGCACUCCUGCGGAUUACAAUACUCGUCCGCUUGAUACGAUCUACAGCAAUUUUAUUGAUGCGCUCCCUGUGGUGAAGUACUGUUCGGAAAACAACAAGCGUCUAAUCCAUUUCUCAACUUGCGAAGUGUAUGGGAAAACUAUAGGGAGCUUUCUUCCCAAGGAUAGCCCUCUCCGUCAGGAUCCUGCUUAUUAUGUUCUGAAAGAGGAUACUUCCCCAUGCAUUUUUGGUUCUAUUGAGAAACAGAGGUGGUCAUAUGCUUGUGCAAAGCAACUUAUCGAGAGGCUUAUUUACGCUGAGGGCGCUGAGAAUGGACUUCAGUUCACCAUUGUGAGACCUUUCAACUGGAUUGGACCGAGGAUGGAUUUCAUUCCCGGUAUUGAUGGUCCAAGCGAAGGUGUCCCAAGAGUUCUGGCCUGUUUCAGUAAUAAUCUUCUGCGGCGUGAGCCCCUUAAGCUUGUGGACGGUGGACAAUCACAGAGAACUUUUAUCUACAUCAAGGAUGCCAUUGAAGCUGUUUUGCUGAUGAUUGAAAACCCGGACCGAGCAAACGGGUAUAUUUUUAACGUGGGGAACCCAAACAAUGAAGUGACAGUGAGACAACUUGCUGAGAUGAUGACAGAGGUCUAUUCCAAAGUUAGCGGAGAGGCCUCGAUAGAGAGCCCGACGGUAGAUGUCAGCUCCAAAGAAUUUUACGGUGAAGGGUAUGAUGACAGCGACAAGAGAAUUCCUGAUAUGACCAUUAUUAACCGUCAACUCGGAUGGAACCCAAAGACAUCUCUAUGGGACUUGCUCGAGUCGACACUGACCUACCAACAUCGUACUUACUCCGACGCCAUCAAGAAGGCCAUGUCUCUCCCCGUUUCAUCCGUCUAGUCCGACAUUAUAUAUAUAUAUAUAUAUAUAUCGAUUCUUUUCAGACAUUUCCCCACAUCUUAUACUUUACGCACUCUUAUCUUAUCGCCCAUUUUAUGGUCGUGUUAUUAAUAUUUACUGGGAGAAGUUUGUGUUGUAUUGAUUACUUUGCCUUACCCCUCUUACAUUAACGUCUUAUUAGUUAUUA